CACGUGAUCGCGAGUAAAAGUUUUUUUGGCAGUUUUUGCAAACUGUACUUCACCUUUUGCAUUCAAACAGAUGACAAAAAAAGCUCUUGUCUUGAAAAUGAAAGCAUGAAAAAUGGUCCUUUUGUUUGACUUGAUGCGUUGUGAGAACGUUUGUCCAGCCAUCGAUCGAGACCACCAUUGGCUAACUGCUACAACGGAGUCCAAAGAGCAGGCUGUUUCUGUUUGUUGAGGCGUAGUGUUGCUGCUGGCGUGUUCCCUUGUCGUUUGGCCUGGCUCGUGUAACGUCGUGUUCGACCAUUAGCACUGUGACCGUAAUAGCUUGAGGAUAAGAUGGGCAAGGAGAAAGCAGGUUUCAUGACGCCCAAGGCCAUUGGGAAUCGCAUCAAGGCCAAAGGGCUGCAGAAGCUGCGCUGGUACUGCCAGAUGUGUCAGAAGCAGUGCAGAGACGAGAACGGGUUCAAAUGCCACUGCAUGAGCGAGUCGCAUCAGCGGCAGCUGCUUCUCUUCGCCGACAAUGUGGACGAAUACCUUGAUGGGUUCAGCAAAGAGUUCAUGGAAACGUUCAUGGAGAUGUUGAAACGCAGCUACGGUACUCGACGUGUUCACUGCAACAUUGUGUACAAUGAGUUCAUAGCGGACCGUGAGCAUCUGCAUAUGAAUGCCACCAGAUGGCAGACACUGACAGAGUUUAUCAUGUAUCUGGGGAAAGAAGGUUCGGUUGUUGUUGACCCGACGGAAAAAGGUAUCUUCAUCACAUACAUCGACCGUGAUCCGGAGACGCUGCGUCGACAGGAAAUCCUUCUGAAGCGUGAGAAGUUUGAAGCACUGGAGGCCGAGAAAGCCGAACGAGCGCUGGAAGAGCAGGUUGCCAGGGGCAACAUGCUAGCCAAGCCCACUACUGAAGCCGUCUACACUGAACUCAAGCGAGAUGAAGAGUCCGACAAGAAAAUUGCCUUCUCCCUUUUUGGCCGCGCUACAUCAGGAGCCAGUUCAGCAGCAGCAGCAACCAGUACAGUUGACAUGACAUCGGAGCGUGGUGAAGAUGCAUCUGCCUCUGCCCCCGCUGACGCUGAUGAAGCGUCUAGUUCAGCAGCUGCUGCUCCUGUGACUGCCUCGCCGACUUGCGCCGCAGAGCCAUCAUCAUCGUCGUCAUCAUCAUUGGCGACUGCAGCAAGCAAAUUGCAGCCGUUGGCAAGAAACAAUGCGUUGCAGGAAGCUGCCAAGAAGGCCACGCUCGCCAAGCAAACGUCAAGCUCUGCCUCCCGCAAGCGCAAAUCCGCCCUUGAAGAGAUAAUGGAGGAAGAGGAGAGAAAGAAGCGCCUGAAGAAGCCAAGCGGUGGUGGUGGUAGCGGUGGUAGAAGUAGUGCAGCGUCGUCAAUGGCCGCCGCCAACAAGGACUCCGCGUCUGCCUGGCUCCACCGAGGCAUUGUGGUUAAAGUCAUGAACAAACACAGCAACCUGUACAAGCAGAAGUGCACAGUCGAGUCGGUCACCAACCGGGGCUGUACGGCCCAGCUGCGCGACCCCGACACCGGGGAGCUUGUGCCCGUGCCGGAUUCCGACCUGGAGACGGUCAUCCCAGCCAUUGGACGCAGCGUGAUUGUGCUGAGCGGGGAGCAUCGCGGCCUGGAAGCCGUACUGGAGAAGAUCAACGUGGAGAAUUUCUGCGUGAAUGUGACCGUGGUGCGUAACUUGAAACAGCUCAAGCGCCUGCCCUACGAACACGUGAGUAAGAUGGCCUCGAAGAAGUGAUGCGACGAGUAAGUGAGUGAGGUUUGGCGGACUUUGGCCUUUCACCGUCGCCAGCGCUCUGUACUGUGUAGUGUGUUGUGUUAUCCUGUCAUCACAUCGGCAAUCGCUACAAACACGUGAGCAGGAUGGCCUCGAAGAAGUGAUGUUGUGAGCGAGUAAGGUUUGGCACUCUAUACUAUCUAGUGUUGAGUUAUCCUGUAUCAGCAGUUGCACUCUGCUCCCGGCUGUUCAUCAUCGUUCUCCUCAGCAUACUGUGUGAUGGGAGUCACACUGCUGGCCAAUGUGUGUGUGUUUUCAACCUCUUGAAUAAAAAUAGCGCCGGACACAACGCAGCCCAAGCACUACAAACACUUUGCCGUGCACUCGAACUGUUGCAUGCUGUCACAGUAUGCCCUCCACUCCUUUGCCCCCCCCCCCCCCAGCUCUAUCUUAUGUGCUGGUCACAUUUGAGAAUUAGUAUUUUUAAAUACAUUGCCACUGGUCUUGCCCGACUUUCAAUGCUGUGUUUUGUACAUUUUGAUUUCUUGUGUCCUUGGUCUUGCUCAACUUUUACUGCCGUUGUUUUGUAUACCCCAAUCGUUAGGUCCUCGGCUUGUGGCAUUUUGUUUCAUUGUGUCCUUGGUCUUGCUCAACUUUCACUGCUGUUGUUUUGU